AUGUGCGGGGUGAUCGGUAUCUUGCUGGCGGACCAUGAGGCGCAGGUAUCCCCCGAGCUGUACGAUGGCCUGACUAUUCUGCAACACCGCGGACAAGAUGCGGCGGGAAUCGCAACAUCCAACGGCCGGAAGAUGUUCUUGAGGAAGGACAAAGGCCUGGCUAGAGACGUUUUUGGCGUGGAGAGCAUGGCGGGCUUGCGUGGAGCCUACGGAGUGGGACACGUGCGCUACCCCACGAGCGGCUGCAACAGCGUCGAGGAAGCACAGCCUUUCCGGAAUAAUGUCCCGGUGGGAUUUUGCGUUGCGCACAACGGCCACCUAAGCAACGGCCAGCUGUUGAGAGAUCAGCUAUCGGCCACUCGUCACCUUAACACGGACUCGGACACGGAACUCUUGUCGGAGAUAUUCGGCAUGGAGCUGGCAGCUAGGAGGCCAGCGAUCGGACCGCCGGUAACCCGAGAGCUGCUCUUCCAAGUUGUUCAGGCGGUAAUGGCUCGGUGUCGAGGCGGCUACGCGGUAACGGUGCUCAUCAACGGGUACGGCAUCUUGGCCUUCCGCGACCCCCACGGAGUUCGACCCUUGUGUCUCGGGGCGCGCCCGGGCGGGGGCGGGGCGGGGAGCGGGAUCGGCAGCGGCGGUGGCUCCGCGGCAAUAGGAGGGGAGGCUAUCGGCGGUGAUGGAGGGAUCGGUGCGGAUGGGAUGAGAAGGGGAUCGGGAAAGAUGGACCUCGCGGUUGCGUCCGAGUCGGCGGCGCUCACGGGGCUGGGGUUUUCACUAAGGAGGGAUGUUGGCGCCGGGGAAGCCGUGUUUUUGGAUGCUAGUACCGGAUCGGUGUCUAGUCAGUUUUGUUCCCCACGGCAACUGCAGCAGCGGAGUAGGGAGGAAGGAGGCGAGAAGAGGGAGGAGGAGGUGGGAGAGGGAAAGGAAUCCCGGCGAGCGGUUGCGAGGUUUCAGCCGUGCUUGUUCGAGUACGUUUACAUGGCGCGUCCGGACAGUAUCAUCGAUGGUGUUCCGGUCUACGCGGCACGGGUUGCAAUGGGAUUGCGACUGGCCAAAAAAAUCGCCCGCCAGGUUCCCAUAGGAGAGGUGGACGUGGUCGUACCAGUACCCGAGACCAGUCGGGUCGCUGCGAUGCACUGUGCGGCGCGCUUAGGGCUACCGUUCGAGGAGGGUCUCACGAAAAACAGAUAUGUGGGUCGCACGUUCAUCAUGCCCGGGCAGGCUUUCCGUCGGCAAAACGUCAGAAAGAAGCUCUCGGCCGUGUCGUGUGUCCUGGAGGGGCGGUCGGUGCUGCUCGUGGACGACUCGAUAGUCCGGGGCACAACCUCGAGGGAGAUUGUCCGGAUUGUCAAGGAAGCCGGUGCCCGCAAGGUGUUCUUCUGCUCGGCCUCGCCGCCGGUGAGACAUCCGAACUGCUACGGUAUCGAUCUCCCGCGGCAGUCCGAAUUGCUGGCCCAUGGCUUAGAAGACCACGAGAUUGCCGAGGCAAUUGGAGCCGAUGGCGUCGUGUUUCAGGACUUGCAAGACCUGGAGGACUGCGUGAGUGAGCUCAAGCCCGGAGUGUUUUACGACGGCUUCGAGAACAGCAUGUUCACCGGAGAGUACCUCAUGCCGUCGGACAUGAUAGAAGGCGACCCGGCGGAUGGAGGGGUCGGGGCGGGUGUGGGUAUGGGUCAGAGGUUAGCGCCUGGGGUUGUUGACGUUAUCUAA